AUCAACAUGCCUUCUCUUUUCAUGUUUAGAAUUCUUACUAUAUUUUUACAUGCAUAUUUGGAAUCGUAACUAAUUUUGACAUGCAGAUUUGGAAAGAAAUAUGUAGAUUCAUGUUUGUUGAUUUUGAAAAUUUAAACAUAGGGAGAUUAUGGAUGUCAUAUGUUCUUUCUUUCUCAAUUCAUGUGGUUAAAGAGGUGUAUUACAAUAGAUUUUCAUCAUAUAAAUUAAGUGAAGACUCUUCUAACAUAACAAAAGUUUUUACAUGUCUCACACCAAUACAUAAUAAUAGAUAUUAGAGAUUAUAACAAAGAGAUUGUAAAUAAUUAACUUGAUUAGUUUACAUGUGAUAGUUAGUUGAUAGUUAGUUAAGUUGAUAUGAUAGUUAGUUAGGAUAUUGAGAAGAUUCUAGAAGAUAGUUUUCUUGUAAAUAAGUCAAUUAGUACAUGUAUACAUAUGUAGCGAGUAAUACAAUGUAUUGUACUUGAUGGAUAUGAAAUUGAGAUUCAUUCUUCUUAUAUAAUUCAAAUUCUGAUUGUGUAAUUGGAUUCAAUUUUUUUAUCAUGGUAUGAGAGCUUAGAAAUUGAGAAUCGUUCUUCUACGUUCAUUUUUGUAGCUUAAAGUUGAUGAUCAAUGGCGAAGAAGAUAGAUCAUGAUCAUCCUUUGUUCUGGGUUCUUCCGAUGUACCAGGGGCAGUGCAAAUUGGGAUACAACUUACUGGAGUGGAGAAUUAUAUGUUAUGGAGUCGACGAUGCAAUUGAAUUUUCUCACGAAGAACAAAUCAGGAUUCAUCGACGGCAGCAUCAAAAGAGAUGGUUUCACGACUGAAAUUGAGAAGAAGCAAUGGGACAAAUGUAAUGCAAUGGUCCUGUCAUGGAUUAUGAGCAAUGUUAGCAAGGAUUUGGUCAGUGGAAUUCUUUUUCGAUCAAAUGCAGCUCAAGUUUUGUUGGAUCUGCAGGAACGAUUUGAUAAAGUCAAUAUGUCCAGAACUUUUCAUCUUCACAAAGCCAUAGUUACACAUGCUCAAGGUGGUUAUCAAUUUGGAGGAUCAGGUUCUAGAGGAAGAGGAGGUAGAGGUUAUGGAUCUAGUCGUCAACAAAGAGGAGGUGAUUCUUAUUUUAUCAUUGUGAGAUGAAAGGACAUAUUAGAGAGGAUUGUAACAAGUUAAAACACUAUACUCAUUGUAAUAUACAGGGUAAUACAAAGAAUAUAUGUUUUCAGUUAAUUGGAUAUCCUUCGGAAUGGAAAGGAAAGAAAAGGGUUAAUAUUGUACAAGCUUCAAGUGGAACAUAAGCAGAAGGGUUUUCACAAAUGCAAGGGCAAUAGAGAACUGGAGUUGAAUCAUACAAUCAUCAGCCUCAAUUUGGACUAAGCGUAAGUGGAGGAGUUGGACAUGUUUCUUACUUACGCCAAAUCAAUAUAAUCAAAUAUUACAAAUGCUGAACAAACACAACAUGAAUGAGGUCAAUGCAAAUAUGGCAAGUACAUUUGCAAGUACUUCUCUUUGUAAUAUUGCAGUUAAUUGUUCUUCAGAUUGGACAGCGGAUAGUGGAGCAUCUAAUCACAUGGUUAGAGAUCUUACCUUAUUGAAACCUGGAUCCUUAGUGAAUAAUCCAAGAAGGGUUCAAUUAGCUAUAAAAUAGUGACACAACACUCAUUACCAAUUCAGGCAGUUAACUUAAAGGAGGUGAUGUUAUAAAAGAUGUUUUAUGUGCGCCUGAUUUUAAGUUCAAUCUCUUAUCAGUGUCCAAAUUGACUAUGGAAUUGUAUUGUUGUGCUGUAUUUUAUCCCGAUUUCUUCUUCAUUCAGGAUCUCUUCACUGGGAAAGUGAAGGAGAUUGGUGAAGAGGAAGAUGGAUUGUACAUGUUGAAGAAUCAAGAUCGAUUUUCACAUAAAUCAAGGUCAUUUGUUGCAGCAAGAGGAUGUGAGGAUGAAGUAUUGUGGCAUCAGAGAUUAGGCCAUGUGCCUUUGAAUGUGAUCAGAAAAAUCAGUAUGCUUAAGCUCAAUAGGAGUUCUGUCAUGAGUCAUUGUGAUGUAUGUCCAUUAGCAAGACAAAUUAGACUUCUCUUUCAUGCUAGUAGCAAUAGAAGUACUAGAUGUUUUGAUCUAAUUCACAUGGAUGUAUAACCUUAUAAAGUUUCUACACAUACUAACAUAAGAUUUUUUCUUACAUUAGUUGGUGAUCAUCCCAGAUGGACUUGGGUAUUUUUACUUCAUCUCAAAUCAAAUGUUUCCACUAUAUUUCAAAAAAAUUAUUUUGAUGGUUAAAACUCAGUUUGAUGUACAAAUUAAGGAUGUGAGAUCAGAUAAUGGAGGGGAGUUCUUCAAUUCUCAAUGUGCUGAUUGUUCACUAAUCAUGGAAUUAUACAUCAGAGUUCUUGUCCACACACACCUCAACAAAAUGGUGUGGUGGAAAGAAAACAUAGACACAUCUUGGAAACGGCUAGAGCAAUCCGAUUCCAAGGACAUAUACCAUUAGAUUUUGGGGAGAGUGCAUAUCAACAGCUGUGCACAUUAUCAAUAUAAUGCCUUUAUCUGUUUUGCAUAAUGUAUCUCCUUUUGAGGUGCUAUUUGGAAAACAACCUAAUAUAUCAUACAUGAGAAUCAUGGGGUGUCUAUGUUAUGCUACAAAUACACAAAAGAUAGAUAAGUUUGGUCCAAGAGAAACUAAAUCUGUCUUGAUGGGAUAUGAAACUACGCAGAAAGGCUACAAAUUGUAUGAUCUUGAACAUCAUAUUUUUUUCAUCAGUCGAGAUUUGAUCUGUACUGAAAAUAUUUUUCCUUUUCAGUCUCACUCUACAGAUGUUUUGCAUGAUACUGGUACUAUUCUUUCAAGUCAUAUAAAUGAUGACCUAGAAUUAGAGUUUGCACCUUCAUCUAUGGAAGAUAGCCAAGCAGAAAUUUCUAUGAAUGCCAAUGACACUGAAGAUUACACAGUUCUUUUGCCUGUAGUAGAGAUUGCUCCCACUUGUAAUGUGCCAGGAGGAGGAGGAACUCACAUGGAUCAUCAUGUUAUAAUGACACAAAGGAGGUCCAGCAGAUCAAGCAAGGCUCUAUUAUGGCAGCAGGACUUUGUCCUAACAAAAAUAGGGAAAUCUAAACAAUCAAAUUGCUUGUACUCUAUCUCAGAUAAAAUUGAUUAUAGUGGUUUUUCAAUGUCAUAUCGAUGUUAUAUUGUCAACUCUUCAAUGGAGAAAGAACCAAGUACUUAUCAUCAGGCUAUGAAAUAGGAGAUUAAGUCACUUGAAGAUAAUAAGACAUGGGAACUUGUUGAAUUACCUAUUGGUAAAAAGGCCAUUGGUUGCAAAUGGGUGUAUAAGAUCAAGUACAAAGCUGAUGGACAAGUUGAGAGGUUUAAGGCUAGAUUGGUAGCUUUGGUAGCUAAGGGUUAUAAUAAAAAAGAAGGAUUAGAUUACCAUGAAACUUUCUCACCUGUUGUUAAAAUGGUGACAAUGAGAAAAGUGU